AUGCCGGACGCGGCAACACCGGUCGUGGCGCUGGACCGUCGACCGCAGCCACCUCUGCGCGCAAUGCACGUGGCAACGGGGGCCCGGGUCCGUCGUCGGGGCCGCGUGUUCCCGCCCCUGGAGCAGCGGGUCGUGGUGCUGCCGGGGGGGCCCCGGGGGGGGGAGGAGGACGAGGAGGAGGCGGAGGAGGAAGAGGCGACCUGGCCGCGGGCGGCCGUGGCGGCCCGAGUGCAGCACUUGUUUGUGGAGCUGGAGAAGGAUGGCGUAUGGAAGGUAUCGGUUCCCGACGGCCAGCGAUUUGGAAAGCCCUUCUUAGCAGGGCUGGAGGUGUGGGCUCGACAGGUGCUGGAAGGUCAACAACCCAUACUGUUGAAGAAAGUGUCCCAGGGCGCCCCCACCACCACCGUCAGCGCCGGUCAGCACGCCACCACAACCACCAUCACCACCAGUACCAGCAGCCGGAGCCCCUCGGGCCCCCUCCCACCGACUGGUGGUCCUAGUGCUGCCACUCCUAGUGGGGUCGGGGGUGCUCGAACCCGCAUCACCUCCCUCACGGGCAGCGGCCUCCCUGGACUGGACACCCUGGGGGCGGGGAUGGGGGCGGGGGCGGAGAAGAGGGAGCGCCUCUCCCUACAAUACGGACGAGGCGGCUUGCCACCACCGCCGCAGUCUCCACCGCCGCCGCCUGCUGCUGCUGGUGGUGGUGGCACGGGCACCAGCGGCACCGCCCGCAGAAGCGCCCAGGUCGGAAUUACUGAGACCACCGCUACAUCCGCCGCCGCAGCCGCCGCAGCCGCCGCAGCCGCCGCCGCUACUGAUGGGGGCACGAAUACCACCAGCCGCAGCAGUAGCACCACCACCAGCCGUGGCGAUGCCGUGUUGGGCGGCAAGGGGGAGAGCAGUGCGGCAGCGUGGGACUUUGGAAUCUGUUUUCCCUCCUUGACUUGCCGGGCCCCCCCCCUUUGGGCCGCUGUGUGUUUCUCCGGUGUAUUGCCCGCACCGGAGGAGGAGGAGGAGGCGAGCUAUUAUGGUGACUCGGAGGGUCCAGAUGACUAUGAUGACGAAGAGGAGGAGGAGGAGGUGGAGGAGGGUGAUGACGACAGCUCCGACGACGACGACGACGAGGGCGAUGACAGACUUACGUACAUGAAACACACAGGCUACUUCGACGACUACGAGGACGAGUACGAUACGGAUGAGCUUGGCUCGGAGUCCAGUACGGCGGACGAGUACGACUCAGCCGUGGAGAAUGUCGUACUGGCACCUCGCGGCGGCAGCGCGUCAGCGAAGCGACCCGCGGGUCUGCGGCCCCUUUGGCUGAGAAUGGAGUGGAACAUCCUCAACGUGGAGCUGCUGCAGCAGCGGAUGGAGGAGCAGCUCCGGGGGCGGGGGCUGCGGAACGAGCCCAGCGGUUUCUGGAGUUGUCCAAGUUAUGAUUUCCUGACUGUGCUGGGUGCGCAUGAGGGCGAGGGUCUCGCUCUGGCUGGCGAGCACGGCGGCCUGCUGGGGCUGGCGGGCAGCCGCUCCCCCUGGUUGAGCUCCCGCGGCCAGGCGGUGGAUGUGCGGAUCGUGGAGGUGGCGCUGUACUACCAGGCUGAGAUUACAAGGCUGUCGUCCGCUUCCGAGUUGUCCGCCCAGUUGGAGGCCAUUGCGGGGGGGUCCCGGCCCCUCACCUCGGGGGUACUGCGGCAGCUGCUGGCGCCGCAAGCAACUCGGGCCCUGGGUACCACCGCCACUCGGAGCCUCCAGGACCAAUUCGACUGUGCGGUGGGCACUCUACGUGGCGUGGUGGCCGCGCUGAGGGGCUUCGUACCGCCCCUGGAGCGAAUCAGUAACCUGGCGGCGGCAGCGGCGGCAGUGGCGGCAGUGGCGGCGACGCGGACCCCGCCCCCGACGGCGGCAGCAGCAGCGGCGGGGGAAACCCCGGACAACAACACCGCCGCGGCACAACAGGAGGCACUGCAAGAGCAAGGACAAGGGCGAGAGGCGGAGGAUGGGAAAAGGAAGGAGUUGGAGGGGUGUGUGGGGCGAUAUGACGAAGUCCUAUGUGAGAUCAGAGCCAUCCUGCAUGGAGAUGGAGAUGACGGCAACCCAACCACCACGACCCGGAAUGCCACCGACGACCUAACGGACGCUAUGUACAUGGGGAUGGCAGGGAUUAAGGAUGGCGGUGAUGUCCGCAAUAGUGGUGACAGCGGCCCUGGGGGUGCUAGCGGGGGACUGGUUCCAAAGCUGCAUACACUGCUGGCGGGUCUCGAGGAUGAGCUCGUCAACUGGGAAGGUGUGAUUCGUAGCCAUCAGGCCCCCAGCCGCCUGGUGCAGUGGGCGGCCUUGGCGGCUUCCUCAGCGCAGGUGGCUGGAGUGAUUACCGUCCGCAAUGCGCUGCAGACGGGCAUCGAGGGGUGUGUUGGUGUCGUGUUGGCGAGGAAGCAACUUUAUGAACAGGCGCAACUAGCUCUUCAGUAUGAUGACUUCGAUUCAGCGCGCACAGCACUCCGCAAGGCAGCAAAGAUGGAUCCAAAGAACGUGGAGUACCUCGAUGCUCUCGGAGCGCUCCUGGCCGAAAUUGGACCCGAAGACGAAGCCAUCGAGGUGUUAAAAAAGUCGGCUUCCCUGAGUCCCGAUGCGGGUUACGAGAAGUACCUCUAUUUGGGACAGCUGCUGGAGGACCCGGGACAGGCUCUUGUGGCGACUCGCAAGGGGGUGCAGGUGCUGCAGGCCCAGCACGCUGCCGCCCAGGCCGCCUCGUCCCCAUCCGUCGUCGGACUCAGCAAGGCUCUGUCCGGCGCGCUGUGCAGCCUCAGUGAGAUGUUGUUGCACCAUAGCGCGCAGCAGCAGGAGGAGCAGCGGCAACAGGCUGCAGCGGCAGGGGGAGGGGGAGGAGGAGGUGGAUGCGGCGGGGAGGCGGCGCAAGACACCGGGGUGGUGGUGGUGGUGCCUGCGGUGGCGGAGGAGGUGGAGCAUCUGCUCGCAUUGGCGAGUACGGCGGACCCCAGCUCCCCCGAGCCCGGUCAGGCGCUGGCGUCAUUGCGGUACGAACAAGGCCGUGCGGCAGAAGCCCUGGAGGCUCUCCGGCGGUCCAUGGCGCUUUGGUAUGCGCCCUCGAGCAAAGACGAAGACGGGGAAGAGGGAGAUGAGGAGGGUGGUUCCGGAGCGGGGGUGAAGGCGGCGGCGGCAGCCGAUGAGGAUGCGGACAUGGAGGACGCGGCGGGGGGUGAGGUGGAGGCGUCAGAUUCUGGUGACAACGAUUCUGAAGAGGACGCGGACGAGGAGGAGGAGGAGGAGGAGGGGGGGCCCAGCUAUGAAUUUCGGUUGGAGUGCGCCAAGUUGUUGCUGGAGCUGGACGAGACCACCACCACGGCAAUUGAUCAGCAGCAGCAGCAGCUCGCGCGGUGUGGUCCUGAGGUCCUCGAGGGCCUUAUUGAGGAGGACGACCGGGUUCCCGAUGCCUGGCACCUCUUGGCAUUGUCGUACUACAGCGGUCACCAGUACGGCGAGGCGGCGGCAGUGCUGGCUAAGGGACAGGCAUUGCUUACAUCGUUGGGGGCGGGACCGGGGGACGAGAUAACUGAGGUAAUCAAGAGGGGUAGAUGUGGGCGGGUGGUGGGGGGGGGGAGGUGUUCGCGGACCUGGAGCCAUGGCCGUUUUUGUGCAAAGAGCGACAGUGCGAAUAGCGAGCAGUUAUGGAUUGUGUGUACACGUCCAUCCGUGCGCUCCAUCCUGCACUCCAUCCUCGCGUCUUCCGUGCCGCUUUCCUCGUGGCUAGCUAUCCUGGUCAUGGGGAGCUUCGUCAUGGAGCCUCCUGCGGUCCAUCUUUUAACUGACUGGCAGCCCGACCCGGCUGACCGUGGAUCGCCACCGUACGAAACGGCUGAGCUUGCGCCAGUGGCGGUUGCAGUUGCUGCGGCGGCCUCUGUCAAGCAAGGUCCAUUCGUUGUAACAACAAAUGUACGCCACCAGCGGGCAGCUGUGAUAGAAAAAGUGAAGGUCUUUGCACGUAUACGGCCAGCACUGCGGGAUGACGAGACUCCGGGAGCGUUGCUAUGGUCGGAAGACGAUGGCCAGCUCACCAUCUUCAGGCCGGAGGCGCCGGUUCCGCAGUCGGACUUCAUGUUUGACAGGGUUCUGGGACCCAAUGCCAGCCAGGCUGACGUGUACGUUUCCGCUGUCUCGGACGUAGUGGCGGAUGUACUGCGCGGCUACAACGGCACCAUUCUUGCGUACGGACAGACAGGUGCUGGUAAGACGUACACGCUGGGAAACACGGCCCCCGACGCGAUUGGAAUGAUACCUAGAGCGGCUGCGGAGCUCUUUAGCGCGGGAACGCGCGAUAAUGCACACACGUACCGUAUUACCAUGUCGUACAUUCAGAUUUACAUGGAGAUGAUCCAGGACCUGCUGAAUCCCACAGCCGACAACCUGCCCAUUCGCGAGGAUGCCGGUGGUGUGUUUGUGGCGGGUGCGUGUGAGGUGCUGGUGACUUCCCUGGAGGAGUGUCUACACUACCUGGAGCUAGGGGAGCAAAACAGGGUGUUUGCCUUCACGCACCUGAACGCGCACAGCAGCCGCAGCCAUGCCGUGGUGAUGCUGACGGUGGUCAAGAGCCGCAAGUACCUGACCACCGAAGAGCGGGUGCAGGCGGAGGCACCCGACCAGGACGGGGUCGUGACACAAAAGGUGACUGUGGGCAAGCUGUACAUGGUUGACCUUGCCGGCAGUGAGCGGCUGAAGAAGUCCAAGAGUGUGGGACUGCGGGCCACGGAGGCGCGGUCCAUCAACCUGUCACUUACCAUGCUGGGCAUGUGCAUCUCGGCAAGGGCGCAGGGCUCGCAGCAUGUUCCGUUUCGAGACUCGAAGCUCACGAGGCUGCUGCAGGAGUCGUUGGGCGGCAACGCCAAGACGUCCCUCAUUCUGUGUCUGUCCGACGUGCGGCAGCAUGUGGACGAAUCGCUGCAGUCGCUGCAGUUCGGCUCGCGGGCCGCGCGGGUGUGCAACAAGCCCGUCGUAAAUGAGCGGUUGCAGAUGCGGCAGCUCACGGCGGAGCUGCUGGCGGCGCUGGAGGAGGGUAACGAACGGACCAACGGCCUGGAACAGGCGCUCUCACAGACCAAGGAGGAGCGCGAUGCACUGCAGGCUGCCUUGGCUCGCGAGCGCGCUCGCACCGCUGCCAUUGUGGAAGCUCUCCAGGUGGAGGCUCGGACCAAGGACGAGCAGGCGGCUGCCAAGUUGGCGGAACAGGCCGAGUUGCUUUCAGAGCACGUUCAGCAGUUGGGUCAGGUGCAGCAUCAGCACGGCCAGCUGGAGAUGGAAGUGGCCAAGCUCAAGGCGGAGAAGGUCAUUCGUGAGGAGGCGCACAGGGCGGAGGUGACGGAGCUGCAGCAGCGGCUUGCUGAGGCACAGGCGGCGGCUGCGCAGCGCCAAGCUAUGGAAGCAGAGGCGCGCAGUCAGCAGGUGCGGCUGGUGGCGGCAGCGCAGCAGCAGGCAGCGGUGCUGUCGUCGCAGCUGGCGCAGGAACGUGCUGCGGCACGGGAGCAGGCCGUAUCCAUACACCUGGCGCUCACCCGUCUACAACGAGCGCUAGGUGAGCUCGUAUCGGGUUCCGCACCUGCCGAAGACGGAGGUGGCAGCGGCGGUGGCAGCGGCAGCGCUGGCGGCGGUAGCCACCAUGGUGGGGAGGGUGCGACGGAGGUUGCCGAUAGCAGCGGGGGGGCCACUGGCGGGUUGGUGCAGAAGUCCACGUGGACGAGGGAGGGCUUGGCUGCUGCGGCGGCUGCCGCCGUCGCAAGCCGCCGCGGCAUGUCAUCCGGGAGUGGCAACGGCGACGGCAGCCUCAGUAGCGGCGGCAGCAGUGCUGUACAGAUGAUACAGGCUGCGCUUGGCCUGACUGGAUCACCGUCAGAGGUCGAGGUUGACGACGACGGGGGCCGCAUCGGAGGAUUGCACGGUGAGGAGGUCGUAGUAGACGUUGGCAGUGCCGGGCCCACGACCGCCGCUAUCGCUGCGCUUGUUGGCCACGGCGCCUGCGCUGGCGCAAUGAAGGAACCCAGUCGCCGUCCUCACUCGUCGUCUAACGGGGCCGCUGCUGCAGCGCCCAGCUCGCCCCGAGAGCAGCGCGCAGGACCGCUGGCACAAGGACCUGGCGGUUCAACAACAUUAAGCAGUACUCACCACUCAGCUUCCAACAACCGGCGCACCAACCUGGGCUCCUCUGCUCUUUCCCUUCCCGGGCCGGUGCCGAACACCCAACCCAAUAACCUGAAGCAGCAGCUGCAGCAGUUCCUGCUUCAACAGCAGCAGGAGCAGCAGCGAUCCUCGGGUGGACGGUUUUCCGCACCCAUCGUUGGACGACAUACCAGCGAUAUUGCAGACCUUGAUGCGGCGUUGGCGGCGGCGCAACAGGAUCUGAUGGCAGACCUCCGCGCCGUUGCCGCGGCGUCGGGAUCGCGAUCUGGAUCUGGAUCGCGUUCCGGAUCUGGAUCCGGAUCUGGGGGCGUGUCUGCACCGUCGGGCCGUUUGGGAACUAGUGGUCACGCCUACGGCCCAACACGGCAGCAGCCGCACACGGCGGCGACCGGUGCUGGUGCGCGCUCGGGGGCCGCGGCGGCGGGUCAUGACGCGGCCGCUGUGGCAGUGGCGGCGGCGCGGCAGCCCUCACCCCAAGGCAACCGGAGCUCUGGUAGUGGAGUAAUGGGCAGCUAUGCUGCCGAUUACGCAACGGCAGUAGCGAACGGUAUGUUGUCACCAGGGCACCAGCAACGGAGCUACAGCCAGCUUCAUGCAGGCGGCACCGCGGCCAUUUGCAGCGCAGCAAAGCCGCCUCGACGGCACGGCCACGGGGCCAGUGCCUCUGACGGCGGUCAAGGCUGUGGAAGCGGCCUGAGACACGAGGCGUCAGGGGCAAGCGGUGGCAGUACUCGCGGCAGUGGCCACCUCGCUGCUACCGGUAGUGAUUAUCCGUUGUCAACGCCCUUCAUGGCCGAGGGCGGCCGUCAUGCCGCCUCCGUCGCGAGCCCAGGCCCUCCCAGUCGCAACACCUCAGCUGGCGGGGCUUCUGUCGGCCAUGAUGGGGAAAUGACUGCCGUUCGGCGCUGCUCUGGCAUCCUAAACCUCAACCCCGCCUUUGACGCCGGCGACUCGGAGAGCCUCAAAUCUGACGAUAUGUUGGCCGCAAUGAGCGUUGCAGGGCUGUCCUUCACGGCCCUUGCAUCGGCUGCUGGGGGAACGGCGUCGGGCACGAGAUCCAGCGGUGGCGGUGCCGCCAGUGGCGCGGGUUUGGCGUCGGCGAUUACCGCAGAGCCAGCGUCGUCUUCGGCCUCAACGGCGCUGUUACGUGAGCGUCUGAUGUCAGCAGAGGCGGCGUCAAGCAUCGGCCUGUUGGCGCAGUCGACGACCCUUGCACAGCCACAGUCGCCGCCCUCACAGCCGCUAUUCACAGGCAUUCAGGUGCAGCUGGAUGCGCUCAUGGACAUGGCGGCAGCACUGAAGCGGGUCAAGGCCGGGCUGGAGGCUCGCAUCGUGGCGCAGGCCGCUCGUGCCGCACUCGCGACCGCCGAGGCGCAGCUUGCGAGCACGACACAAGAGCUGGAUGCUGUACGCCUGGUGCUUGCGGAGACGGUGGAUGAGUUGGGCCGUACGCGGGACGAGUUGGCCGAGCGCGGCUCCGGCCUUGAGGAGAUGUGCCGCAAGCUGGACGACAUGGCGGGUCUGUACGAUAGUGCCCUGAUGCGGCUUGGGGAGACGCGCGGCCGCCUUGAUGAGGCGCUUGGGGACUUGGACGAGCAGCGUGGGGUGGUUCAGAGGCUGGAAUCGGAGCUGGAACACGCCAAGGCAUGCACCGACGCGGUGGCUGAGCUGGUUUCAGAGCGGGCCACGCUAGAUCGCGUUCGGGCCGCCGCUGCCCGCAGCGUAGCUGUGACCACCCAGGCGCUUGCGGAACGACACGAGCUACAGCGGCAGGUCCGUGCCGCCAACAUCAUCAAGGCGGGCUUUAAGCGUUACAAACUUGCUCAACUGAGAAGCCAGGUGGCGGCGAAGCACCAGGCCCUCAGAGACGCUGAGGUGUAUCGUCGGGAGCGUGAGGCACACCAGGCGGCACGGGCCGGCCAGGCGCUCGUGCAGGAGUCCGUGGGGGCCAUACAGGACGCUGUGGGAUCUAUCUUGGCCGCCUUCGUUGGCCGUCGUUACCAGUUGGAUGCACGGAGGUCGCUGCAGGACAGAUUGGAACGGAUGAUGUCACAGGGAGGAAGUUCAUUCGCGAACCCCAUCCCGAGCAGUGCAACGGCUAAGCUGGGCAUCCCGACCCUCGCCAAGCUGCCGACGGUGGCAUUGCCGUUGUCCAUGCGGCGGCCCCAAUCCACCGCGGGAGCCUCCAGCGGCGUUGCAGCCGCUGCCGCCAGCGGCGCCGCCACUGCCGCCAGCCGUAGCGUCGGCGGUGGCUUGCCGCCGACGGCACCAUCGUUGCCGAUCACCCCCAGCGGCCGCCGCCCGAUGUCGUCGUCGCUGGGGCUGACGAUGAUGCUGUCGGCGGUCACGCUGCCGCCAUUGACGCCGCCGUUGACGACGGUGUCGGCGACGGCGUCAACGAGCCGAGCCGCCGGCAGCAUCGACUGCGCGGGUAACUCCGGUACGCAGCGGCCGCGGCAGGGCUUCCCGCCGCCGCCGUUGCAACUGCCGGACGAUACGGUAACCUCUGCUAGCUCGGCAACUCCUAGAAAGGCCGCCGAUGGCAGCAUUGGUGGCGGCAUGUUCAUUCACAGCAGCGGUGCCGCCGCCGCCGCAGCCGUCCCAGAGCGAAGUGUUGCUUGGGCCGCCGGUGCUGCGGCCACCGUAUCUGCCGCCGGUGGUGGUACUUGUGUGGUUGGUGACUGGAGUAGCAACAGCGGCACCAAAUCACGACGCAUUUAUAGUGCCGCCACCCCUAGUAGUGUGGGUGGCGGCGGCAUGGACGGCCGUGCCGGCAACACCGCUAUAGUUGUGCCUGACGUACACGACAGCGAGAGCGUCAUCUCUGCGAUUAACGGCGGUGGGCCCUGCAGCAGCAGUAGCAGCUGUUGCGGCGAGGUUGCCACAGCGGUGCCAGCAGCUUUGCACGUCAACUUCGUCGCCGCAGCAGCUGCAGCCGCAGCGUCGUCGGCGGCGAAGGAGGAGCUUCCAUUGAGGCUGGGAAGGCAGGAGAUGGUGAAGCCGACGGUAUCAUAA